GGAAACCUCAUCCUAAGCAGCUUGCUGUGUUUUUCGCAUUCUCUGCUCUUUGGGGCCUAUCUGAUGCCAUUUGGCAGACACAAACUAAUGGUGUAGAACCGAGCAACUGGAAGGCAUGAACUGGAAGCAGCCGUGGCUGGCACGAACUCCGAGCUCACGCGAGCCCUCCCCGGGGGUCUCCUUCCCCGGCGCCAGCGCGGGAUCUGCUGCGUCGGCAACUGCGCGGCCCCGGAGCCACGAGGACGCAGGCGACGGCAUCCUGCUCUCCUCGGGGGGAAGGCCUGCGCUUCGGGUGCCGGCUGGCAGCAGCGCUAGUAAGAUGGAAAUGAUGGCAGAUGACUAUGAUACAGGAGAUAUCUUGAGGCCUUUAGUGUUCCGUCUCCAUGAGAACGUCCCUGCAAUAGUCCGUGAGGUUUUACUGGAACGCGGCUGGACUGAAUUUGACAAAAAGGAGCAAGAUGAUGCAGACUGGAACCUGUACUGGCGGAACUCACCUUUCCGUAUGACAGACCACCACAGCAUUAAACCAUGGCAGAGGCUCAACCACUACCCAGAAGCUGUCCGUAUCACCAGAAAAGACUAUUUGGCAAGGCAUCUGAAACAUAUGAAAGGGGCGUAUGGAUCAGCUCUGUAUGAAUUCAGUCCAGUGGCAUACAUCAUGCCCAAUGACUACGUCAAAUUUGUAGCAGAAUAUAGCAAGGAGAGACAGUCAGUAGGCAGAAGACACAGCUACUGGAUUUGCAAGCCUGUGGAUCUUUCCCGUGGAAGGGGCAUACUCAUUUUUCAAGACAUAAAAGACUUAGUAUACGACUGUACAGUCAUUGUGCAGAGGUACAUUAGCAACCCCUUGCUCAUUUCGGGGUAUAAACAGGAUCUGCGCCUCUAUGUGUGUGUCACCAGUUUUUCCCCCCUCACCAUUUACACUUAUGAAGAAGGACUGGUGAGGUUUGCCACUGAAAAGUUUGACCUUGGUUCUCUGGACAACAUCUAUGCCCACCUAACAAACACCAGCAUCAACAAAUAUGGAGCUUCAUAUGACAAAUACAAAGAAGGGAUUGGCUGUGGCUGCAAAUGGACAUUCAGCAAAUUUCGUUCUUACCUUCGAAUCUUUGGGGUUGAUGACGUGCUCCUCUGGCAGAAGAUCAAUAACAUAGUGAUUCUCACCCUGCUUGCGGUAACCCCCUUGCCAGUGGCAUCCAAUUGCUUUGAGCUCUUUGGCUUUGACAUCCUGAUUGAUGACAAACUCAAGCCAUGGCUUUUAGAAGUCAACUGCAAUCCAGCCUUGUGUGUAGACUGUUCCAUUGAUGACACCGUGAAAAGAAAACUUCUUCACGAUAUUGUUGAACUGCUGAACUACAAACAGGUUGACACCUUCAGGCGAAACCAAGUGCCCGGGACGAAGGCUGGCAGAAGGCGGGUUCCCUGGGGCACAGCUGGCGAGAGUGCCACCGGGGAGGCUCCUGGCUUACUCACUUGCCGAAAAGCGGCUAACUGUGCGUCUGCUUCUUCUGUACGACCUGCCCUGCAGGCUGCAAAAGGAUCAAUUUGUAGGGUGGCUACCCUGACCGAGAAAUCUGCCAGGGCAUAUCCGAGAAAAACACUGACUUCCCAGCUGCGGGAAAGGAUGAACAUGCCAAAAAUACCCUCCCAGGCAAAAGCUGAAGCUAAAAAUAAACAAAUCCCAGGAGCUGGCCGUUCUCCACACAAGUCUGCCCAACUCAGCCACUGGUUACCUACACCUGACUUCUGCACCUACGAGUUAACCACGCGCCCCUAUUUCCUCUCCGACAAAGACCAGAGGCCUAUCCCCCGGGUAGGAGAUUUUGUCCUUAUUUUUCCUUUCAAUGAAGCUGCACUUCAGGCUUCCAGGGAUGGGACAGACGUAAAAAGCAUCAUAAAGGAAAUGAACAAAUUAGGGAGCAAACAGUUAGUGUCAAAACAGCAGAACGCAAAGAAAAGGGCAGGCUGUUUAUCUUCUGUGUAACUUCAUGGUGUUAGGUUAUACAGACAUAUCAUAAAUGACAACUUUAGGUUGAAGGAGGUAGAUGGACGCUGAAAUUGUAUUAGAAAGAGAGAUCUCUCAAACAAUACACAAUCUAAAAAUUGUAGUUUGGCAAUUUCCAUGAGAGAUUGUUUUUUUACAAUUAAAGUACUGACUAAUCUUUUAAGUAAUUUUUGCAAUAUUAAAGUAAUCCCAGAAUAAAAAUGGAGAAUUGCAUUUCUCAAAACUUCCUCAGAAA